AGACCUUCUGGUGAAUCUAGAAAUUGAGUAGUUACAGCCACUAGUCAAAGCUUAGCUGAAAAGUAUAGCCACUAGUCAAAGCUCUUUUGGUGUAUAUAUAUUCCUUCGACGCUCUUUUGGUGUAUAUAUAUUCCUUCAAAGCUUCUUCAGUCAUAUACAGUUUUAAAGAAACUUUGCUUUUUUUACUUAUUUCUCAAGAAAAUCAGUUCGCUUUCUUUGUUUAGGCGAUGGAUUCUCCGGCAAAGUCGCUUAAAGGGAAGAGUCCGAUCAAUAACAAGCAGGAGAAAGAAGAAGAUCAGGCCAUGGAUUCUCCGGGAAAGUUGCUUACAGUGAAGAAUCCGGUGCAAGCUCCCAUCAAUAAGACCCCAGAGAAAGAAGAUGGAUUCCCCACUCCAGAGGGGGAACCAUUUAGUUUGCAGUUACUUGUUAAGCAAAAUCAAGAAAAUCAGGCCAUGGAUUCUCAGGGAAAGUUGUUUCCAGAGAAGUUUCCGGUGCAAGCUCUGGAGAAAGAAGAUGGAUGGACUUGGCGAAGUCCAAAAAAAAGACCAUCCAACAAAGUCGUAAAAAAUCCACCCCAAGGAAGCAUACCUCCGUCAACAGUCAAGAUUUGAACACUUCCUUCUCAAGAACACAUAUAUAAGUCGCAUAUGAUCCUCGCUAAUACAUAAGUGUGUUCGUUAGUACUGCCUUGCAUGGAUUUUAUGUUUAUUUAUUAUUGUUACUAUUAUUUAUCUUAGUAUAUUUUUACUAAGCUGUUUCGUCUACCAUCGAAUUACAGAUAUAUGAUUAAGCAACUGAAAUUCAUACGCUUUCUUUUCGUAUAUUCAAAGUUGAAUCAUUCCUUUCUUCGGA